AUGUCUCGCACAUCAAGAGCAAGAGCCUCCGGGAACCAGCUAGGGCGUGUGGCCUGCGCGCAUGAUGUUUUAUACAAUUCCGUCUCUGCACAUGCUCGUAGCUUGUCAUGCUAUGCCUGUCCUUCAAACUUAGCCGCUCUCUCCGCAGCCUCACGAACAAGAAAGCCGCCCGAUGAUUGGGACUCAUCAAUCCCGCCGACACCACGCUCUAGCUUUCCGAGUGCUAACGUUCUUCCUCAAGAUCAUCUCGACCAAUUCCCGAAGGAGCCUGGAGAUGACCUUUAUGACUUCAUCACUAACGGAGGCCGCAAUCAGGUUACUCCGAGGAGGAGAUGCCUCUAUAUAGUUGACGCACCGGAUAUCGAUCCUGAGAUUGUUAAGUUCAUGGCGGGUUGGACGGACCCAGUAGUACCGGCCGGAUCUGAUAGCCUGCUCUUGAACUCAACCAUCCAUUCCCCACGUGUCGAGGACACAGCGGGCUAUCUCGCAGCGUUCUAUACAGGCCUGGAUGUCAAGAUUCUCAGAAGCCAUUUCCGUUUCAAAACGUGGGGUGAGAAACAACAAGGUGUGAAUGUGAACAGUGGUGGGCACAUUGCUCUCGUGGCACCAGACGGCGUUGCUACACGUGUGCGCUUCCGGCCAGCGCCGGAUGGUGCAACCCCUGGCCAGCUCAAUCUCAAUGACAUGCUGGAUGCUCUGCAUGCAUCCAUACCACCUGAUGCAUUUGCUAUAAUCCUUGUCACGGACCACGACCUGUACGAGGACGAGGAAGAUGACUUUUGCGCCGGGCGCGCCUAUGGCGGCUCGCGCAUCUGCAUCGUCUCGAUGUUUCGGUACAAUCCAGUCUUGGACUCCCACGCUGGAACCAACCACGCUCACAGCUGGCCGACGUCUCAUUGCAGAGACUACGUCGAUGAAUGCUGGGAGGCUAGCGAGCCGGCUCUGAAGGAAACAGAAUAUGGGCGGGAUAGGAAGAAGAAAAGACGCGCCCGGCCCGACCCGAGUUGCACUGUGGACCUUAAACGAGACGAUGCCUCCCCCCUAGCACGGGCGGUCUUGUCUGCACGUGAGAUCCUAGUACCUACUUGCAAAGAGGACUGGGAAGGGUUAUGGCUUGCGCGGGUGUGCCGUACGGCCAGCCAUGAGCUCGGUCAUUGUGUUGGGAUAGGCCACUGUAUUUAUUACUCAUGCGUUAUGCAAGGUUCAGCGAGCAUCGCUGAAGAUUACAGACAGCCGCCGUAUCUCUGCCCCGUUUGUCUUAGAAAGGUGGCUUACUCCCUAGCAGGUGAGGGUAUCAUGAAAUCUCCGGGGCUGGGACGCCUGGAGAGAAGCGCUGCAGCCGAAGAGCGUUGGAUAGCGCAGAGCUAUCGCAACAUGAGCUCAUUCUGCCUGGGCCGGAAAGGGAUAGGGAUGUUUGGUGGAUUACAUGGUUGGCUGGAGGGACGGCUGCGAGAGAUUGAGAUGGCCGCACAUGAUGACUCUGUUUCCCAAGGGGAGGAGGGAGACGAAGAUGACGAUUCAUCCAUUAUAUUCGUGGGGUCAAUUGAGAGAACGUAG